AUGUUGCUCAAGGUUGCACCCCUCCUGCUCCUCCCCUUCGUUGCUGCCGCAAAUGGCGUGCAUAAGCUGAAGCUUCAGAAGUUGCCCCAGUCCUUGGGCAAUCCCACCCUCGAGACGGCCUACCUUGCCGAGAAGUAUGGUGGUCAGGCUCAGAUGCCUCUCGUGGGUGCUGGGGGCCUCGGACGCAAUAUGGUACUCGCCCGCCCUGUGCACGAAGACGGAGAGGAUUUGCUCUGGACGCAGGAGGAGAUUCUCGUUAAUGGCGGCCACAAUGUGCCCUUGAGCAAUUUCAUGAACGCUCAGUACUUUGCCGAGAUCCAGCUAGGCACUCCUGCGCAGUCGUUCAAAGUCAUUCUCGACACCGGAUCGAGUAAUCUCUGGGUCCCUAGUUCCAAGUGCACUUCUAUUGCCUGCUUCCUUCACGCGAAAUACGAUUCCAGCUCCUCGACAACCUAUAAGGCCAAUGGCAGCGAAUUUUCCAUCCAAUACGGCUCGGGAUCCAUGGAGGGUUUCGUGUCGCAGGAUCUUCUCAAGAUUGGAGAUCUUAGCAUCAAACACCAGGACUUCGCCGAGGCCACCAAGGAACCCGGCCUUGCCUUUGCUUUUGGCAAAUUCGAUGGUAUCUUGGGUCUCGGCUAUGAUACAAUAUCCGUUAACCACAUGACCCCCCCAUUCUAUGAGAUGGUUGCCCAAAAGUUGAUCGACGAGCCCGUGUUUGCUUUCCGAUUGGGUUCAUCGGAGGAAGAUGGUGGUGAGGCUGUCUUCGGUGGCAUCGACAGAACUGCCUACACCGGUUCGAUCGACUACGUGCCUGUUCGCCGCAAGGCGUACUGGGAGGUAGAACUUCAGAAAGUUGCUCUCGGUGAUGAUGAACUUGACCUCGAGCAUACUGGCGCUGCUAUUGAUACUGGCACAUCGUUGAUUGCUCUCCCGACCGACAUUGCCGAGAUGAUCAACACUCAAAUCGGUGCUCAGAAACAAUGGAACGGCCAAUACACCGUCGAUUGUUCGAAGGUUCCUAGCCUUCCGGAGCUCGUCCUGACAUUCAAUGGCAAGCCCUAUCCAUUGAAGGGGACUGACUACGUGCUAGAGGUUCAAGGUACUUGUAUGUCUGCAUUUACACCCAUGGAUAUCCAGAUGCCAGGAGGCGAUUCACUCUGGAUCAUUGGCGAUGUUUUCCUUCGUCGUUACUAUACGGUCUACGACCUGGGCAGGAAUGCUGUUGGUUUCGCAGAGGCCGCUUAA